UGGGGCGGGGGAGCGGCUGUGGCCGCGGCCGGGGGCCGGGCCGAGCCCGACUCGGCGCCUCCUGUGGUCGCCGCCCCUCCAGCCGUGGGUACGGGCACCUCGCUGGCGCUCUCCUCCCUCCUGUCCCUGCUGCUGUUCGCCGGGAUGCAGAUGUACAGCCGCCAGCUGGCCUCCACCGAGUGGCUCACCAUCCAGGGGGGCCUGCUGGGCUCGGGCCUCUUCGUCUUCUCUCUCACCGCCUUCAACAACCUGGAGAAUCUGGUCUUUGGCAAAGGAUUCCAAGCCAAGAUCUUCCCCGAGAUUCUUCUCUGCCUCCUGUUGGCUCUCUUUGCAUCCGGCCUCAUUCACCGUGUCUGUGUCACCACCUGCUUCAUUUUCUCCAUGGUUGGCCUGUACUACAUCAACAAGAUCUCCUCCACGCUGUACCAGGCAACAGCUCCAGUCCUCGCCCCAGCCAAGGUCACGGGGAAGGGCAAAAAGAGAAACUGACCCUGCGUGUCCAAUAAAGUUGAUUCUUUGUA